CGUGUGCCAGACUGCUUACUCACGAGUUAACUGUGGAGAUGGUGAGCACAGGUGACUCAGUUCAGCGACACCCAGAAGUAGGAGCAGAUGCUCCAGGAUACCCAGCGCUCGCUCACAUCUGCACGUCAGAGAUCGCAAUGAUCUGUGCCUCGGUGUGGGGCCUCCUGCUCGGCCUCCUAUGCUGCCUCUGGAUUGUGCUGGGGAUCCGCAGGAGGCAUCCUGGCGAGCCCCCGCUGGAGAAUGGCGUGAUACCCUACCUGGGCUGUGCCCUCCGCUUUGGCGCCAACCCCCUGGAGUUCCUCCGCCACCUCCAGCGGCGACACGGGCGCAUCUUCACUUGCAGGAUCGCCGGCCAGUACAUCCACUUCCUGUGUGACCCUUUCUCUUUCCACUCUGUUGCUCGCCAGGGGAGACAUCUGGACUGGAAAAAAUUCCACCUGUCCACAUCUGCCAAGGCAUUUGGUCACGAGAGCAUGGAUCCUAACCAUGGACACACCACGGAGAACCUGCAGCAGACUUUCCGCAAAACUCUCCAGGGCGAGGCUUUACCCUCGCUCAUCAAGACCAUGAUGGAGAACCUGCAGUCUGCCAUGCUGCCUUCUGGCACCCUGAAAGCCAGCUCUCUGCAUUGGCAGCAAGAUGGGAUCCUGGCCUUCUGCUACAAAGUGAUAUUUGAGGCCAGCUACCUGACUCUCUUUGGGCAAGAGCUGAGCGCUCACGAAAAUGAAAGCCCGUUGGAACAGGAGGCCCGGAAAGCCACCGUUCUCAAUGCUCUGGAGAACUACAAGGAGUUUGACAAGAUCUUCCCAGCCCUCGUCGCCGGUCUUCCCAUUCACAUCUUCAAGAGUGGUCACAGCGCCCGUGAGAACCUGGCCAAGAGCUUCCUCCGCCAGAACCUCAGCAGGAGGAGGAAUAUUUCUGAUCUGAUCUCGCUGCGGAUGCACCUCAACGAUACCCUGACCAACUUUGAUGACCUCAGCAAGGCCAGGACUCAUGUGGCCCUGCUGUGGGCCUCCCAGGCUAACACUCUGCCUGCUACCUUCUGGAGCCUCUUCUACCUCAUCAGGAGUCCAGAGGCCAUUAAGGCUGCCGCUGAGGAGGUCACCGAGAUGCUGAAGAGCUCUGGGCAGAAGACCAGUCCCCGUUGGCCUCAUUUGACCCUCAGCAGGGAGCAGCUGGACAGCAUGCGGGUGCUGGACAGCAUCAUAAAAGAAGCACUGAGGUUGUCCAGUGCCUCGCUCAACAUCCGAGUUGCCAAAGAAGCUUUCCAGCUGCGCAUGGAAAACGAGAAAUCCUACCACAUUCGCAAAGACGACGUGAUCGCAUUUUACCCUCAAAUGCUCCAUUUUGACCCGGAAAUUUAUGAAGAUCCUUUGACUUUCAAAUACGACCGCUUUUUGGACGAAAACGGCCAGGAGAAGAAGAGCUUCUACAAAGACGGCCGAAAGCUGCACUACUACUUCAUGCCCUUUGGCUCUGGGGUCACCAAGUGUCCUGGGAGGUUCUUUGCAAUGUAUGAAAUCAAGCAGUUUCUGACUCUACUGCUUUGUUACUUUGAAGUGGAACUGUUGGACCCUAAUGCGGAAGCUCCCCCGCUGGACCAGUCUCGGGCCGGACUGGGAAUCCUGCAGCCCGCCCACGACAUUGACUUCAGAUACAGGUAUAAAACUGCAUGACAUUUUCUUUGUGGAGAACUCGUUAAAACACGUGGAAUGACACGCGAAGAGGAGCAGUGAGCGAUCCUUCGAAACAAACCGAGAGGCAGCCCAGGUGCGGAAUCCCCAGCCCCGCAUCCGUACCCGAGGCUCAUCGUUGCCACCUCCUGGUCAAUACUGAGUCAAACCUAUGAUUUUUUUCAAGUUCCAUUUUGCAGCUCUCAGGCAGAAUUUUCUUUGGAAUGAUUUGCAAGAAUUGCACGAGGCGGUUCUGAGAUACAGUGCAGUUUCGGAUGUCAAAACAUUGCAGAAUUCCUGCUUAACAAGGUUUUAGCACACUUCCUAUGCAGUUUGGGAACAGCUCCACCGAGCUCCACAAAUACCACUGGCAUCAUAUGAUGACUGCUGAAGAAUUAGGUCAGCAGCAGCCUGGAGGACAGUCACAGACAAUGCAUCUUUGUCCCAUUCCAGAUCCCACAGUUGUCGGAGUAUAUUAUGCAGGAUGACGCUGUGUGCAGACUGGGUGUACAGCUUCUCUUUUACUGCCUUAGUUUUGUGUGGCACAUUUUCCAACCCGCAUAACUAACAGUUCUUUCACUUCAGCUGAACGUUUCGAUACUCGAGCCCUUUAUACCAAGAAUGUCUCACGCGUUCCUUUCUGGCGGGCCUUUGAACCUCUUAUCACCUACAUGAGCUACUAUGCCAUGCAGAGUCAAGGUCAGUGAUUGUACUCUGCUCCCUCUUCCAAGCUGCUAGGUCUGCUGUGUCUGGUGUGUCCCCUCCCCCUCCGGCCUUGAGCCCCGUGCUGCCGGGUUAGGCUCCGGCUUGCCGAGA